AGAACAUACGUAUAUUUGUCAUCCCAUAGCCAUCUGCACGCCAGUGCCAGUUUUCUUAAAUCAGUGUAAAGACUACCGUCGUUUAUAGAGAUGAACAUCCGAAUUUUGCUGUUCCUAUUUCUCUUAACGAUUCUUUCAACCGUCGAUGUAAACGCAGGAAGGGGCGGUUCCUCGCGAGGUUCGUCAUCACGAGGUUCGUCAUCACGAGGGUCGUCAUCACGAGGUUCAUAUUCUUCUUCAUCUAGAUCAAGCCCCAGUUAUGGAAGUUCGUCAAGCAGUCACACGAGCUCGAAUACUAGAUCAAGCCCCAGUUAUGGAAGUUCUGGACAUACGACAGGUUCAGGCUCAACUAGCUAUGGAAGUUCAUCUGGUGGACGUACAGGCUCGACUGGAUAUGGAAGUUCCUCGGGUGGACAUAUGACGGGAUCAAGUCCUUUUGGACAUGGAAGUUCGCCAAGUGGACACACGUCGGGAUCAAACCCGGCUGGAACUUCAUCGAACACAGGUCAAACUUCGCAUCAGCGAAAUAAAGAUGCAUCCUCGACCUUCUUGAACGCUGAAGGAGGAGGGGCUACGCGACCCUCUCAAACUAAUUCCGCACAACCUGGCCGACCGUAUGGUAGUACAGGAACUGGGAGUCAUGGAACAGGUUUUGCAACAGAGAGUAGACAAAGUUCUGCACCAUACAAUCCAUCGGCACCGCGUAAUCCGUCAGCUCCAUACAACCCAUCAGCACCGUACAAUCCAUCCGCACCAUACAACCCAUCGGCACCGCGUAAUCCAUCCGCACCAUACAAUCCAUCCGCACCAUACAAUCCAUCAGCACCGUACAAUCCAUCAGCACCAUAUAAUCCAUCCGCACCGUACAAUCCGUCAGCACCAUACAAUCCAUCCGCACCGUCAACGAAAGCUGUGAUACCUUCGCAAAGUCAUGCUCCAACUUCUUUUGGCCAACCAAACGCGCCUUACAAUCCGUCACACGGAACUGCAUCUGGCAAUCCUCCAUGGAGCAACCCGCAUUUCAAUCCGAGCCAAUCUUACCCACCAGGUUCCACUUCUACUAACAUCGGCUUCAAAGAUCAUCUACGUCCAAAUUCGAUGCCCGUUCCUUCCGCGUCUUAUCCACAUCCUCCUUAUCCUUCCGGUUCUAAUCCACAUCCGCCCCCUUAUCCCGGUCAUCACUACGGUCAAUCGAAUCAACCUCAUUCCACGUAUCAUCCCAGUUAUUCUCCUCCCAGUCAAACGUUCGGGCAUCCUGCCAGUUACCCAGCGCACAUUCCGCCACCCGUACCGGGUACAUUCGGAAAUCCUUACUCCACGCAUCCCGUGGGCGGAACGUACGGCGCAGCCGGACAUAGCUAUUAUCCUCAGCAGCAGCACGUCCUGGCGCAGCCGGCAUCACAACCGUACAUACCCGGACAAACGGUCAUAAUGGUCCCCGGUCAGCAAGACAGCGGCAGAGGCUUCGGUCAGAUGGUGAAGGAGGCCCUCGUGUUCUCCACAAUCAACGCCGGUGUGAAUAGGCUGUUAAAUCCGCACCAUCAUUACGUGAACGAUUACAGAAGUCCGCCGAGCGGUGGUACCAGUACCAGCGAAACGCAUAUAACUUAUAACAAUCAUUAUUUCAACGGUGCCUCUCCGGACGGUGUUUCUUCGGGUUCGCCGAAUGCACCGCAGGGAAAUGUUGCGUAUCCUUCCAAUCCAAAUCCCGUGAAUCCAAAUCCGAUAAAUUCUUAUCCGAUGAAUCCAAGUCCGGUGUACAAUCCAGUUAUUACUCCCGGUGUAUUGGUUCCUACAAUUGUCAAUAACGGUAGCGCAACGUAUCCAGUUGGCGGCAGUUCUUCUGUAAACACAAGGGAUGCAGUCAACAACGUGGAAACUUCCCCAGUUGUGUCUUCUAAUGAAUUUUCUGCUGACAGUACAGCGAAUAAUCAAGGAACAGCUGCUUAUUUUCCGCAGUAUAAAAUAUCGGACGACGAUCUGAUGAUGUUGUCCGAAGAAUUAUUUAUGAAGCAAGAAGUCAAUAUAUCCAAGUAUAUAGAGUUAUAUCCUCAGAGUAAAUCGGAGAACGUAACCGAUACAGCUAUGGGACCAUUAAUUUACGUGCAAGAAGAGGCGUACGAUUAUCCGACGAUCUUAGCUAUUCGAGCGCUCUACGACUGCUACGAGCACAAUUCCACCGUGAAGGAGACUCGUACACCGGAAAAGCGAAAGAAAGAGGAUCUUCUGUUAGAUAUGGUCCUGAACACGAACGUGAUGGCCAGAGCUAUGCGAUGGUUGUCGGAUCGAGGUUUCAUCGAUCCCGACGAUUUCGAGAGGAAGGACACAUUGCGGCAUAUCUGGUUCACCACGUUCGACGGCGCCACCUCAGGAUUCGAGCGAGUGUUUACGUCCGAAAGGUAUGACACGGAGCUUCUUGGGGUGACGGACUGGAUAUACUUUAAUUAUCAAGAAUCGAAGAAUCGUAUCGAUUACAUGGGAUACACUGACAUGAAGAAUGGCAACAGAACUUUGCUGAAAUUGAACUUUCAAAUGGAUGGUAUUACCAGACCGAACGCAACGAUAUUCAUAGGCACGCUUCCCGAACUUGAGAUGUCUCUAUAUACGAUAUGUUUUUACGCCAGACCGAAUAAUCUAUGUCCCGUUUCACUCGGUGGAAUGAAGUUUCAUAUUUUCACGCAUUCGUUUAGAUAUUACGGGAAAGAUCUUGUGGAUCUUGCGCUUCCUACUUUUUAAUUCUGUAUUAUAUGAAUGAAUUCUCGGAUGUGAUAAUUACUAAAAUAUAACGCGAGCGUAAUUUUAAUAAAAACAUUAAACAUAUUAAUUAAGAUAA